ACUGUUAUGGGUAUUAUUGAUUAAUUUAUUCAGUUUGCCCUGAACUCCUGAUUUGCGAUUAACGACCUUCUGAUUUUGUCUGUCAAGAUUAACAAGAAAUUCACAAGGUGGGGACAAUCCAAAUAAAAGGAUAUUUGCAAUGGAUGCAAAAUAAUCAUAAUCAAGAUGUUUGGUGUGAGAACGGGAUUAUUUGUGUGUCUAUUCGUUGCAUUGUCGGAAGUGGUCGAAAGUGCCAACAAUAAUGAUGCACUAAUCAGAGACACACGUCAAGUUCGUUCCUUCGGACUUCUCCAAAAACUGAAAGGUUUCGGUGGUGGUUAUCAAGGUGGUUUCGGUGGUUAUCCACAAUAUCCUCCGCCAUAUCCUUACCCUCCUUACCCGGUUUACCCUCCGUACCCACCGCCACCUCCUCCACCACCUCCACCAGUCGUCCCGCCAUACACCAAACCCAAUGUGAUCAACAUAAACCUAUCCCAGGCUCAAAACAAUGCCCAAAAUCACGGACACCAUGAGCACAUCAACGAAAUACAUGGAGGCGACUACAAUUUGGAACAUGUAGAUGAACACGAACAUCAAUCCAGUUCACAAUCGCAGACAGCAUCUAUUGGUAUCCAAAAUAGGGAAAGAAGACCAUACGGAACAUAUUAUUAAAGAAGACUGAGGGGAAUUUAAUUUAUUUUACAUAUUGCUGUAUUUAAUAAUAAAACAAAUUAAUAAGA